GAGUUUCAUGAGCAUCGUCAUGCAGCUGCAGCGCUGGCUGCUAUGAAUGGGCGGAAGAUAAUGGGUAAGGAAGUCAAAGUGAAUUGGGCAACAACCCCCAGCAGUCAAAAGAAAGAUACAAGCAGUAAGUACAUUUGUUGCCCUGUGGGCAUUUGUUGUAUUAUACCCCAUAGUUCUGUUGUAAAGCAUAUAACAUCAUACAUGUUUGCAGUAAUAUUUUGAUCGUUAUCCUGAUAUGAUUUAAUGUGUUUGUGUUAAUAAAUUUAAGAACAAAUCUAAUCUUUGUCAUCAGGUAGUACCGUUGUCAGCACACAGCGUUCACAAGGUAAUUGUAUCUUCUUAAACAUAAAAUGAACUCUCUUGAAAGGGUAUUCACUAACCACCUCAAGUUUUUAUUUGAUAUUGGUUGGGGGGAGCGGGGAGGGGAAGGAUGUAGUAUUUUUAUUUGUUUCUGGCAAUAUUUUUCCCUUUCUUCCCAUUGUUGACCAAGUGUGGCUUGUCCACGAAUUUGUUGCUAGUUCAAGCUCUCUGUCCCCCUUGGUAGCAGCUGAUGUCUUAGAAAUACUUUCACCACCUAAAGGGCAAGAUACCCUACUUCCCUGAGGUCACCUGGGCUUCAUACCCAGAUCUGCCAAGUGCUCAAGUUGCUCCUGAAACAGUGUUUCCGGAAGAGCAACCCAGUGUGUUGCUUAAGGCCUGCAAAUAGGGGUAACUUUUCUUUCCAAAUCUACUUUGUCAAAGUUGAUAUAUGUGUCCAUUUUAAAGUGUUCUUCAGCAAGUUUGGUUUUUCAAAUGUUUCUUUUGAGAAUUGUCUUUAAAAACCAAAAAAAAAAACAAAAAACAAAAAAAAAAAAAAAAAAAAAACAAAGCUUCACCUGUGGGAUGGUUAUUUCUCUCCAGUGCUUUUUUUAAUGGUGCUGAUAUAAAGUGAAGGGAUCACUGUUUUCAUUCUGUUGCCUUCAGUCUUAGUUCACUUGCACAUGGAUUCACAUAAACUGAAUGGUGUAAUGUCUGGGCAACCAAAACUGUUGGCUUUUGAGAAAACUGUCAAAUGCUUUAACAUCAAACUGUUGCAAUGCAAGGUAUUUCUUUGAUUGUUCUUCACAAAAUAGUGGCUAAACCAAGUAUUUCAUGUAGCUAGCCUCAGUAAAUUGCCUUAAAUAAGGCAAAUCUAGUCUUCAUAACUUGCAUUACCACUACUUAAUUGUAAUUUAUAAAGCCUAGAUACAGUAAUAAAAUGAAUAACAGUAAAUAAUUACUAUUAGAAUGAUAACUAAGUCUUACUUUUUUUACAGAAUGAAAGUUUUUAUAUGUUAAUAGUUUGUUUCCUAGACCCUUGUAAUGAUUGACUAUAAAUAGACAGAGACUGCCAGCUUCUGGGAGCUAUCAGUCUUUUUAGAAGACUCUUUCCUGUGUUGUUAACUUUUGAGUUAUUAUGUUUAAGACUAAUAGGAUUUUAUAGCGAGGACAGUAUUUUAUACUUGAUUAUAUAGUCUGUGCAUUAUUUUAAGAAUUCUUAAGAAUUUUAUUAAUUGUAGUACUUAAGUUCUGAAGUUGUAUUUUUCUUUUCACUCCCCUCCUUCCUUUGUAAGAUCAUUUCCAUGUGUUUGUUGGUGACCUCAGUCCAGAAAUCACAACUGAAGACAUCAAAGCAGCUUUUGCACCAUUCGGAAGAAUUUCGUAAGUAACAAAAGAUAAAUAAAACACUUUGAAUUGGAAGUGACUUUAUGUAAUAAUAACUAUAAUUUUGUUGUGACUGUGAACCUUAAUUUUAACACUUUAAAUACAGCAUAUUCCAUUGUUUAGAGAUCAUCCAAGAGUCUUAACAGCAGGUUGUAUUCCCACUAAUGAGUAACUGAUCUUUGGUCAUCUUUAGACCCUUGCCCAGUUAGCAGCACUUCCUCAGACUGCUGUCAUAGACAUUUUUAAACUUCUGGAGGUGUUGUGCUGUGAUUAAAGGAGUUAUUCAGGCACUUGUAUGAUUACAUGCAUUUUAUGUUAAUUUAAUAAAAUAAAACCUCAACAGUUUUGAUUGAAAAAGCAGUUAUUAAAUAUUACUUCCUUGGCAUUUAAUUCUUCCCCGCCUUUAAAACUUAGCAGUAGUACUUUGUACUGUUUUGGGAAACACUGUCUUAUGUUUAAUUGUAGCCAUGCAUUUUAGGCCCUUUGUCAGUAUUUAUUCAGAGUAGUAUUCAUCAUAGAAAAACUUUAGUAGAAGUCUUAAUACAUGCCAUAUUACAGUAAGAGUAACAAGCAAUUUCAAUAUUCAUUCAGAAGCAGUUGUUGAGUUUAGGGAAAGUGUUACAGGGUUUCUGAUUCCUUUGUUACUGUGUCACUAGAACAAAAUAAAAAGGGAAUUCUAGCUAUGGGUGGUUUGAACAAAACAGCAGAUAGAGGUGAGGAGAUUUGAAAGUAGAUGCCCAUAGCAUUCUAGUGAGUUUUCAUUGAGAGUUGCAGUUGAUUGGUGAGAGAGUCACUUUGAGGGUAGGACAGGAUUCGAGCUUAUAAAUGGACUCUUCUGUUACAUGACAUUUUCCCUUGUGAGAACUGGUUAAGAAAAUAAGGAAGUUUUCAUUUCUUGGUGAUUUUAUAAGCUGUGUUAGGAUUUCAGUAGUGGUUGGUUUGCUUUCAAGUAUCUAGAAUAGGCAUGCCUUACUUUAACUUCAUUCUGUCAAGCUCUAAAAGUCCUUCUCUGCAGAAUCUUGUACAUUUUCAGUUUGGUGUAGAAAAUCUUGGUAAGUUUCAUCCUGUCCUCAGAGUAGUCACAGGACAACAGAAGGCUUAAGAGUUCCAUCCUGAUCCAUGCUGCUUUCUGUGCAAGUCAUUUUAGGAGGAAGUAAGGGUGAGACACUAGAAAGAAAGAAACCUCUUCUAACAUGGACAAGUGAAAUAGCUAUUGUGGUGGAUUUUUCAUUUUGGCUUAAUUACCCUUUCUGAUGAGGAUUUUAGUUAGAAAUUUAGACAAAGAUUGUUUAAUAAUUAUUGAAGGGCUGAUAAAAUGGUUCAACAGGUAAGGUUGCUUGCUGUCAAGCCUGAUGACCUGAGUUCAGUCCCAAAACUCCACAUGGUGGAAGGAGAAAACUGACUCCUGAAAAUUGUCCUCUGACUUCCAUACAUUCAUGCGCAUACACACACACACACACACACACAUACAUACACACACUAAAUGUUUAAAAAAUUGUAAAGUUAAAUGGCCUUCAAAUUUAACAGUUUCAUGACUUUGUAGUUGUAAAACUAGUCUAUCUUUUUGUUAAAUAUGACUAUAUCAUAUUUUUAGUCUGGAUUUUUUGUUUGCGUAUUUAUUUUCACAUGUAUGUGGGUACGUAUGUGUGUAUAUGCCAGAGAUUGACAUCAAGUGUCUUCCUCCAUCACUCUCCACCAAAUACAUUGGGGCAGAAUUUCUCACUAGAACCUAGAGCUCACUAAUUCUACUAGUCCAGGCAGCUUACCCUGAGUAUCCCGUCUCUACCACACUGACUUGACAUGUAUAUGCUGGAGAUUUGAACUCAGGUCCUUUCAUUUGCAUGAUAGCACGUUAUCUGUUGAUCUGUUUCCCCAGCCCCGGUAUUUGGAUUUUCUUAUGGGCACACAAUUGUUAAUUUGUUAAUUUUUUUUUUUCUUGGUUAGGCCUUUUUGUUGAGGUAAUUUGUGUUUAAAUGUUAGCUUAUACAGGAAGUUAGCUUUCCUAACUAUUUGGCAAUUGAAAAUACACAUUUCUGGUUUUGUUUGUGUUGUUGUUUCUUGUCUUAAGGCGACAGCCUGAUAAGAAUAUUGAAGGGUUUCUACAGUAGAUGUCUCUGUAGGCAGUUUAUACCAUGCUUGAUUUAUAGACAGUAUAGGGUACAUGGUGGUCUAUUAAAUAUUUUUAUGAAAAUAAUUCUUUCCUUAAUUUAAAUAGCUUGAACCCCUCCUGUUACUUGAGUUUAGGGUCAUAUAGCAAAUUUUGAUAUAGAAGUAAAUCAACUACCAAAUUAAAUGCAUGUGUGCCAUGUAGAUAAUAGUUACUGAGAAGUGACUUACAUUAGUUUAAUCAUCAGAAUCUGUCAUUUUGAUUGCCCUUAAUAAGUCACUUCUAAGCUCAUCUGAAAUGUACUUGUGUGUACUUACAAUUACAUUGCAUGGCUUUCUGAUUGGGUUCUUGUUGUAAGCAUGCCUGUUGUGUCCAUGUGUCUUGAGAGAACAAGCACUGUGACACACUUGGCUGAGUUAAAUAGAUUGCCUGUGAAGCAGCACAGUUUGAGUCCAGGUUUUGAGGUGUGGAGUUUUAGCUAUCGUGGCUGGGUUUUUACUCAAUCUCAAAUAAUAGGGCUCUGGUUAUUUUGCAGAGUGUCUCUGAAGAAUGGACAGAAUUGCCCUGGCUAACUACAAGCUACGGUUCACAGUGGAUAAAUAGAUGCUCGCGUGGUAAAAGACAUGGCUACGGGGAAGUCUAAGGGAUAUGGCUUUGUCUCCUUUUUCAACAAAUGGGAUGCAGAAAAUGCCAUUCAGCAGAUGGGUGGCCAGUGGCUUGGUGGAAGACAAAUCAGAACUAACUGGGCAACCCGAAAGCCUCCAGCUCCAAAGAGUACAUAUGAGUCAAACACCAAACAGCUGUCAUACGAUGAGGUUGUAAGUCAGUCUAGCCCCAGCAACUGCACUGUGUAUUGUGGAGGGGUGACGUCGGGACUGACAGAACAACUAAUGCGUCAGACUUUUUCUCCAUUUGGACAAAUAAUGGAAAUUCGAGUCUUCCCAGAUAAAGGAUAUUCAUUUGUUCGGUUCAAUUCCCAUGAAAGUGCAGCACAUGCGAUUGUUUCUGUUAAUGGUACCACCAUUGAAGGGCAUGUGGUGAAAUGCUAUUGGGGCAAAGAGACUCUUGAUAUGAUAAAUCCUGUGCAACAGCAGCAAAAUCAAAUUGGAUAUCCACCAGCAUAUGGCCAGUGGGGCCAGUGGUAUGGAAAUGCACAACAGAUUGGCCAGUAUGUGCCUAAUGGUUGGCAAGUACCUGCCUAUGGAAUGUAUGGCCAGCCGUGGAGCCAGCAGGGAUUCAAUCAGACCCAGUCUUCUGCACCAUGGAUGGGACCCAAUUACAGUGUGCCGCCACCUCAAGGCCAGAAUGGCAACAUGCUUCCUAAUCAGCCUGCUGGGUAUCGAGUGGCAGGGUAUGAAACCCAGUGAGAACAGACUACAAAAUGGAAGCCAGUGGCUUGACGCUACAGGGAGGGUAGGAAAGCUGUUGUUUACUUAAAGAUUUAUCAAAUCAGUCAGUGCAAAUGCCAGAUAAUGAUGUAUUUAUUUAAAAGAUUCAUUUUUUAAUCAUGAAAUUACUUUUCAUCCACAUUGUUUUAAAAAGGAACAAGAUGGUGGAUGUCUGCCAAUUUUUGCCUUCAUUAUCUUUUUUGAUAAAGUUUCUCAGAUCCUUGUUUCAAAGACAAAUGCAGGGAUUGCUGCCACUUUUUAAAAAUUAAGAGGCAGAAAAUUGCACAAUAUUGAACUUUCCACUAAAGUAGCGUGCAUUUUUAGUUUGCAUUCCUGAUAUGAUUUAAAACAUGUAAUAUAGAUGUAAAAAGAGAAGCCAAACUUGUGCAAAGUCUAGAAGUUCUUUAUAACUUUCAGCGUAUGCACAGUUCUGUGUUAGUUUUAAAGAGUAGGCAUUACGUGACCUAUACCAUCUCCACUGUUAGCCCUUUGGAAUUUUUAAAUGUAAAUUAUUAGUUUAUAUCAUUUUGUAUCUACAUUUUUUUCACAAAUUUGUCCUGCCUUAUAAAAAUUCUGUAACAUAUUCUUAAAUGAAAAAAAAUGAUGUUCACUUAGAUUGAAAACUUUUCUCAGAUGGACUGAUAACUGCAUUCAUCUUGUUUUUAUAUGAGAAGGUGCCUCAAGGAUUCACUGUUGGAUUUGUUUAAAGGGAUUUUUAUCUUCUGUGAUAAACUUUGCCAUCUACCAGGAACUAUAAAAACAACAGCUUGUGACUAAGGAGACUGCAGUGUGCUAAGUCCUCACCCACAUCAGCUUCAUGUGUCAGCAUCUACGUUUACAUGUGGUGUUUUCUGAGAUAGUUCCUUCCGCAAGUCAUAGUUUGCAGUUAGCAAACUUUGUAUGUCAUUCCCUUCCUAAAGGUGUCAUGAAGAGUUGACAUAAGACGGGUUUUACGUUUGCAUGUGAAUAUCACAUACGUACUUUGGUAGUCUUUGAUACAAACUCAUCUGUUCUUGUUUUUCAAGAAUUUUGAGACACAAAGUUGUAUGUAAAGGAAUAUAUUAAUUUGAUGUUUUCUAGUUAGAUUUACUUAAAAAAGUAAAUCCAUUUUAAUAUGUACAAAUGUUAGCUGUGAAACUGUAGAAUAUUCCUCUGUCAGGCUUGGGGUUCAUUAAGAACUCCAAAACUAGCCUGAAGGACCAGCCGGGCAAAACAUUUUUUAAAUAUUCAGAGGCCAAAAUAUGAACAAACAAAAAAAUAAGAAACCCUUAAAAUCCUACCUCCUUAAAUAGCCAUCAAGGAAGAGGCUCCACAGCACAGGCAUGACUUUGGUUCUUUGGUACCUGAUCUCUUGGAGCUUCCACAUUAUUUUUGAGGUUUGCUCUUUGAUGGCAUUGUUCUAGCCUUGGGAUUUCUAAUACAUUUCAGAGUCUCUUGGUUUGGUUUGGUUUCAGUGAUGACCACAACCUCCUCCUUGACAUCAGAGAGGAAGGAGCCCCUGUGAAUUGUGGGUUUUGAGACCUGCAGAGAGCUCCCAGCAUUUUACUUAGGCCUGUGGAAUCGGAAGCAUUUCCUGGCCUGUAUCUUCCAGGUAGGAGCACAUGACUCUAACUUGUUUUCUAAGCCAGUCCUCUUGUAAAGCAGAGCCCAGAAAGACAGCUCAAAAUGCAUGCUUCUCUGGAGCUCAGUUCUAUGCAGUCGUGCUGAUGUUUCAUUAAGUCACUGUGUAUUUUUAAGUACUAAUACAUUGAAAUUUGCUUUAUGGAAGAUGAAUAAAUUUUUUAAAUACUUGGAAAUUUUAUUUCUUUGUAAAGUUCUACAGAUCAGGACAGGCAAUAAAAGCAGCUUAAAUGAAAUACUUAAAAAAAUUUUAAGAAAAAUAAAUCACACACAUCAGGAAACUAUUUUGGCUAAUUUUUUUAGCUUUUUUUUCCUUCUGACUUUUGUUUCUGUUUUAGCACCCUCAGUAUUUUUCUCUAUUAAAGAAUUUUACUUCCUUUGCAACUCAUAGACUGCAGGAUCAUUUGGGCACAAGUAAUUUAUUUUGUACAGAAGUGUAGCUUCUCUCUUCUUUCGACUCAGUACUGAGGACUUUUAUUAGCAGCAUGUUCUUAUUGCACAGAUUUUAAAUUCAUGUUGAUUUGCUGUUGAGAAGGUGGUGACGUGUUCCUGAUGAAAGACUGACAUUUUAGGAACAUGGCUGGCUUUGGUUUAAUUUCAAUGUUCAAUCAUUUAAAUCAAUUUUCAACCUAAAAAUCUUCAUCCUGGUAUAAGUAUCAGGUAAGGAAAUCAAGGUUUUUAAAGUGAACUUCUUUGCAAUAUGCAUUCGAUUUUACUCUCUGGUACUGUAAAGAACCUGAGUGACUCUCAGUGGGUCAUGGAGCCAGUAUUCUUUAUCCUGACUGUUUGGAUAUUAAAAUUCCUUUAUGUUUUCUAUGA